AUGACCCCGGCGAGCCUCUUCCGCUGUGCUGCCACGCGCUCACCCCGGGCCCCCCAAUUCUUGUUUGAAUCGCGCAAAUUCGGCGUGUCAUCCAAGGCCGAGGGUGUUCAGCGACUCGCUAGCGACCUCAGCGCCGCCCGUGCCGCGCUGCAUCUGGAGAGCAUUAUCGUCUCCAAGUCUCUCUUCCAGUCACCCGACGAUAUUCCGAAGUACACGCGAAAAUUGACGCAGUACCUGACGCUCGUCAGGGGCUUCACGGAAUCGCGCAAGAGCGCCACGAAAAAUGCCGACGCGGCGCUGCAGGCGUCGGUAUCGGUAACCGACGCGACCGUAGACUGCAGUGGGUGCCUCAGCUUUUGUCGCUGGCAAGACGCGCUCACGAGUCAAACAUUGUACGCUCGCAGUGCAAGACAGGAGUAUGCACACGUACUGCUGGCUUGUGGUAUCUUGAUGAUGCGCGACGCCGGAAACAAAGUGGACGCCAUUCUGUCUGAGAGACUGUCGGAGCUCGACGAAACGCAGCUAAAACUCGCCUACCAGCUUCUGCUGCAUGCGGCUGGAGUACUAGAGGCUGGCGCAAGGAGCAACGACCUCGAGAUGCUCAAGCGGGUGCCAGAUCUGGCAGCUGGUCGCUUUCCCCAGUUGUUGGUGUGGAUUGCUCUUGCUGAGGCGCAGGAGCUUGUUGUGCUACGUGGCGUGACUCGUGAAGUCGCUGAUUACACUCUCCUUGCCAAGCUGUCGGUGGACAUUUCGGCCAGAUACAAAGAGUGCAUGAAGAUUGCAUCGAUGUUGCUCACCUAUUCAACGUCAAUCACAGCCGAACGCGUCCGUCUCUACUGUGCCUACAAGGAACCCUACUACCAGGCCAUGUCAACGUAUUUCCAAGGCGCUGCUUGUAUGCAAAAGGAAGAUGCACGAAACUGUGUGCAGGCAGUUGCUAAUCUGAAAAAGGCAUCCGUUCUCUUUGAAGCAGUUGGACCACUGGAGAAAAGAUACGAGGGCAAGAUGGCAGCAGACAAAGAGGAAAAGGAGCGCGUGACCUUGCUGUCGACCGUAUUUCUCCGGUCGCAGCAGAUCAUCAGCCGAGACUUGGACAUUGUCACGCACCGCAACGACAGCGUUUACUACGAACCGGCAACCGUGUGCAAUGCACUGAGUCUCGUCAAGCCGACGAAACUGCCGGCAGUGACCACGAGCGAUUUGUGGCGUGACGGGGAGGUUGCUAACUGCUUGAAACCCACUGCAGUAGUCGCGUCAGAUGCAACUACUGAGAAUCAGCAACAAGGCAAUAGUCGUCCACGUGAAGGAUGCUGUUCAAGCUGUAUUAUUUGCUAG